CCCUGGUGGUGAGCUGUACGCGCUGUGGACAAACGUCUGCGCUGCACAGCCAUGGAUGUAAUCUAGCUAGGUUGUGACAAAGAUGCUGCAAACUUUCUUCUGUUUGUCCUACCAGAGCCAUUGAAAAGACACAAAUGCUUGCUAUGACAUCGGAAGCAGAGCUCAGCUGGAUGCAGUAGAGAUCUCAGCCAUGUACUCGGAAUGGAGGUCUUUGCACCUGGUGGUGCAGAGCGAUCAGGGUCACGUCAGCGUCCUGCAUUCGUACCCGGCCUCUGUGGGUCGUGACGUUGCCAACGCGGUCUUGCGCCCACUGGGGUCCACACUGGGAGCUUCUGCCUCUGAGUGCCUCCUGAAGACAGAUAAAGAGGUGAAAUGGACUAUGGAAGUAAUAUGUUACGGUCUGACUCUUCCGUCGGACGGAGAUACAGUCAAGCUCUGUGUGGACGUUUACACGGACUGGAUCAUGGCACUUGUGUCACCAAGAGACUCCAUACCACAACCCAUCAUUAAAGAGCCCAACCUUUAUGUCCAGACUAUCCUCAAACAUCUUUACAACCUCUUCCUGCCAAGGCCCGAGCACUUCAGCCCUAUGCACUUCAAGCUGUGUCAGCAGGUGCUCACUGCAGUGCAGAAACUCGCCCGGGAUUCCUCCUGUAUGGCCCGAGAGACGUGGGAGGUGCUGCUUCUCUUCCUGCUUCGUAUCAAUGACACACUGCUCGCCCCACCCACUGUGGGAGGUGGUAUAGCAGAGAAGCUGGCUGAGAAAUUGAUCAGUGUACUGUUUGAAGUUUGGUUCCUGGCCUGUACGCGCUGCUUCCCGACACCACCAUACUGGAAGACCGCCAGAGAGAUGUUAGCAAACUGGAGACACCACCCACCUGUGGUGGAGCAGUGGAGCAAAGUCAUCGCUGCUCUUACCUCCAGACUGCUGAGGUUCACCUAUGGACCAUCCUUCCCUCCUUUUAAAGUGCCAGAGGAGGAUUCAAGUCUCAUACCUAUAGAAAUGGACAAUGAUUGUGUAGCACAGACUUGGUAUCGCUUCUUACACAUGCUAAGUAAUCCAGUGGAUCUCAGUAACCCUGUGAUUGUGAGCUCCACUCCCAAGUUCCAGGAGCAGCUGCUGGGGGUGAGCAGCGUUCCCCAGGAGGUGAUCCAGCACCCAUGUCUCAAACAGCUGCCUCAGAUCUUCUUUCGUGCCAUGAGGGGCAUCAGCUGCCUGGUGGAUGCUUUCCUAGGUGUGGCAGUUUUUAAGAAAAACGAGAUUCAUGAAACUCUGCCCUCUUAUGGAUCCGCACUGUCUAGGAGAUAUAUUCGAGACAGACUUCCCUCUCUAGGUGUUGCUGCAUUUCGAGACAGACUACCAUCUUAUGGUAUAUCCAGACCCCGCUCAGACAGCGCUCCACCCACCCCUGUUAAUCGGCUAAGCAUGCCGCCACCCCCAACCACCACCAACACCACACCCCCUCACAGCCGCAGACACAGACCGUCAGCGGUUAACAAAACCACCAGCAAAGCCUCUACGACUGGCCAGUCCAAAGUGUUGCACCAGCCGUCCUCCACCUCUCCUUUGUCCAGUCCCAAUCAGACAAGCUCAGAGCCGCGCCCGCUGCCUGCUCCCACCAGACCAAAGGUCAACAGCGUGCUGAACCUUUUUGGCCAGUGGCUGUUCGACGCCGCACUCGUUCACUGCAAACUUCACACCGGCCUCAGCAGAGAAAGCAGCGUGACGGCAACAUUUUUCCAAAUUCUUCUUUCUUAUAAAUCUUCUCUUGCUACUCAGGCCGGAGUAGAACUGAGAAGAAAAGGUUCUCAGAUGUCCACUGACACCAUGGUGUCCAAUCCCAUGUUCGAUGCCAACGAGUUUCCGGAUAAUUACGAGUCGGGUCGAGCCGAGGCAUGCGGAACGCUGUGUAGAAUCUUCUGCAGCAAAAAGACUGGAGAAGAAAUUCUACCUGUCUAUCUGUCCAGAUUCUACAUGGUUCUCAUCCAAGGCCUUCAAAUUUCCGACUUCAUCUGCCGGCCAGUUCUGGCCAGUAUUAUCUUGAACUCCUCGCCUUUGUUCUGCUCUGAUCUGAAAGGGAUUAACGUGGUGGUUCCGUACUUUAUAUCUGCACUGGAAAUUAUUUUACCUGACCGUGAAUUGGUCAAAUUUAAAUCGUAUGUAAACCCCACUGAACUGAGAAGAGCUUCCAUUAACAUCCUGCUAUCCAUGCUGCCCCUGCCUCACCAUUUUGGCAACGUUAAAUCGGAGGUACUUUUGGAAGGGAAAUUCAGCAAUGAUGAGAGUUCGCUUAAUGAUAAGCCAGUCUCCUUCCUUUCACUGAAGCUGCGAUUGGUCAAUAUCUUGAUUGGUGCCCUGCAAACAGAGACAGAUCCACUCAAUACACAGAUGAUACUAGCUGCAAUGCUGAAUAUUGUUCAAGAUUCUGCACUUUUGGAGUCUAUAGGCGCACAAACCGAAGUGGGAAGCGUGGACAGCAGUCAUUCUUUGGCUAAGAGCCACAGUCGCAAUAAUAGUGGCAUCAGUAAUUCUAGUGCAGGCAGCUCUGAGGCCACUACUCCAGACAGCGACAGACCUGCUCAGGCUCUUCUGCGAGACUACGCUCUCCACACAGACACGGCAGCCGGCCUGCUGAUCCGCAGCAUCCACCUGGUCACCCAAAGACUCAACUCACAGUGGAGGCCUGACAUGAGCAUUUCGCUUGCUGCCCUGGAACUGCUUGCUGGCCUUGCGAAGGUGAAGGCGAGUGUGGAGUCUUCGGACCGGAAACGAGCUGUGAGUUCAGUUUGUAGUUACAUUGUGUACCAGUGCAGUCGACCUGCCCCACACCACUCUAGAGACCUACACUCCAUGAUCGUGGCUGCCUUCCAGUGCCUCUGCGUGUGGCUCACAGAGCAUCCUGACAUGCUCAAUGAAAAGGAUUGUUUGAUAGAAGUGUUAGAGAUUGUUGAACUGGGCAUCUCGGGUAGUAAGUCCAAGACGGGCGAACAGGAAGUGAGGUAUAAGGGCGACAAAGAACAUAAUCCUGCCUCUAUGAGGGUCAAGGAUGCAGCCGAAGCCACACUGUCAUGUAUAAUGCAGGUGUUGGGGGCAUUUCCAUCUCCCAGUGGUCCUGCUUCCACCUGCAGCCUGCUGAAUGAGGAGACACUGAUUAAAUACUCCAGGCUGACAUCCACAUCUCACAGUAACUUCAGAUACUUUGUCCUUGACAAUUCGGUCAUCCUGGCCAUGCUGGAGCAGUCCCUCGGCAACGAACAGAACCCAUGUCCUUCUGUCACAAUGCUGAUUCGAGGCAUGUGUGGUCGUCAUGCCUGGACAAUGAAACUGUUCCACCAGCCUCGAGGAGCCAGGGCCAAUCAGAAGCAGGUGUUUGUUCCUGAGAGUCGGCCAACUCCCAAAAAUGACGUCGGGAUUCGUUUUAAUGUCAAACACAGGCCGUUCCCAGAAGAGGUGGACAAGAUCCCGUUUGUCAAAGCAGACCUGAGCAUUCCAGACUUGCAUGAUAUCGUAGAUAAAGAGGAGACAGUAAUAUCAUGUACAGCAGCCUCGAUGCACUCUGAUACGUUUCUGGAACAGCAGCACGAAAAGCUGCGUGGUGUGAUGGUGAAGCAGAAAGAGUAUGAGACCAGUCUGGAGCACUACACAGAGGACCUGUGGAGGAAUAAACCUUUCCCCGACCCGCUCACUGACUGCAGGCCUCCCCCUCCAGCGCAGGACUUCCAAACAGCUCGUCUCUUUCUCUCACAUUUCGGCUUCCUGUCACUAGAGGCGCUCAAGGAGCCAAGUAACAGUCGUCUGCCUCCUCAUCUCAUCGCUUUAGACUCGGCCACAUCAGGCUUCUUUGAUGACGUUGGCUAUCUGGACUUGUUGCCGUGCAGACCGUGUGACACAGUAUUCAUCUUUUACAUGAAGGCAGGCCAGAAGAGCAGUCAAGAGAUCUUAAGGAAUGUGGAGUCUUCAGCAAGUGUGCAGCCACAUUUUCUGGAGCUGUUAUUGUCUCUUGGCUGGCCAGUCGAAGUAGGGCAUCACCCAGGCUGGACUGGGAGUGUGUAUACCAGCUGGACCAUAAACACAUCUAAUGGCACGGACACACCAGAUGAGUUUGUAGCCGUGGGAGAGACGGGAGGAGGAAUUUUUAACGGUGAAAAGAGAGUGCUGUACUAUGCUGAUGCGCUCACCGAAAUCGCCUUCGUGGUGCCCUCGCUCACUGACUCCUCAGCGGAGUCAUCUGAGAAUAGUUUCCCAACAGCGGACUCUGAUUCCCAAAUUGAGCUGAUGCCUAACCUACUGAACCAACCCAACCUGACACUGGAGCUCUUUCCCAACCACUCUGACAACAUGGGACCUUCACAACGGUCUCCGUCAGUGAAGAGUAAGAAAAUGGCAUCAGGAAGGAGUAUACCACCUCUGGGUCCCGAGACUAAAGUACUUGUGGUGUGGGUGGAGCGCUAUGAUGACAUAGAAAACUUUCCUUUAUCCGAGUUGCUGGCCGAGACCAGCACAGGAGUGGAAAGUGCAGUCAACAGCAGUGCUUCCAGACCAAGCUCAUCAGAGAAAGAUGUACCAGUCAUAUUUAUCCACCCACUAAAGACUGGUCUAUUCCGCAUCAAGCUGCAUGGAGCCAUGGGGAAGUUCAGCAUGGUCAUUCCCCUCGUGGACAACAUGGUGGUCAGCAGGAGAUCACUGGGUUUCCUAGUAAGACAGACGGUAAUUAACACAUGUCGGAGGAAGAGACUGGACAGCGACUCGUACAGCCCUCCGCAUGUACGGCGAAAACAGAAAAUUGCUGAAAUCGUUAACCGUUACAGGAACAAACAGCUGGAGCCCGAGUUCUACACGUCACUGUUUCAGGAGGUUGGAGAGACGAGCUUAAACCCUUAAACACACACACAGCACAGCACAAGGCUCUUUUUUCCCAUGGUGGAGAGUUUGCUGUUUUAUUAAUUGCCUAAUGGCCGUAGUCUUUCAGCUGUCAAAAGCUAUGUUCAUUGCCCAUGUGACAGCGUGUUAGCUGGUCCGAUUGCUGACAUGGAAAGGAUGCUCUUCCUUUUUCUUAUUACUGUACUUCACAUGUUUUAAUUUUUUUUUUCCAUCAUGGGAGACCUGUAAAGAAGCAUAGAUGCAAAACCUUUACUCCAAAAUCUAUUAUUCAUAAUAAACACUAAUGUGAGUGUUUCUUCAGACACAGUCACACAUGUACACUAGUGCCAGUCUGUGUUGAUGCAUAACACGUCUCUUUUCUUUUCAAACUCAGGUGGUUUUACCAUUUUUCAUAUGCAUUGACAUGGUCAUGGUCAUGCACUCCAACAAGCUGACCUCAGCAUCAUUCAUGUUCUAUCUCUCUCUCUCUCUCUCUCUCUCUCUCUCUCUCACACACUCACUGUCUGUCUGUCUCUCUCUCUCACUCUCUGUCUGUCUGUCUCUCUCUCUCUCACACACACUCUCACUCUGUCUGUCUCUCUCACACUCACUCUCUUUCUGUCUGUCUCUCUCUCUCUCUCUCUCUUCGUUCUAUCUCUACUUUUACAUUGACUUUGACUUCACAGAAGUCCUUAUGCUGAUACUCCGUUCAAAGAUUGUUUGGCUCUCUCUAUUUUAUGUAUUUAUAUCAGUUAGAAAAAUGACUUUAAAAAUCCAUGCGAUUAUUUAAAGUCAACAACAAACUACUGAACUCUCCAGUACAGCGUCCCAGACGUUUGACGCUUACUACCAUCCUGUUUAAUCCUGUGAUGCUCUUUCAAGCCUUCUGGUUUUUUUUGUUUUUUUUUCUUUUUUUCAGCCUAAUCGAGACAUAUUUUCAACUGAAAGUCAUAAGGGCUAUCUUUUGGUUUAAUUUUAAGUUUCCUGUUAAAUGUAGACGUGUCAUGUCUCGUUUUUUUUUUUGUUUUCAAUUUCUGCUGGAUGUCAGAAACACUGGUCAUUUUUAGACGUUAUUUACAUUUUUUCAUUCCUUAUUUUUAGAUUAAAAAAGAUUUUGAUCCGAUCAUGUUUCAUCUCUUCUUCACACAGAGAUACGUGUAGUGUCAUCUUGCCUUCCUCUGUGUGUUUUGACAUGUAGCUUUUAAAACACACAUCACUACAGAGAACUUGACUGAAAGGAACGACUGUUAAAACGUUACUGUACUGGUCCAUGAUGCUCAUUCAGGUUAUCUUGCUUUUUCUUUUUUCCCCAUGUUUUAUUUCCCUCCAUUUAAGAAAAGAAAAACAUCUGUAAUUAAUAAAGGACAAGUCUUGUGCUAUAAAAGUGUAAAUCCCAAUCUAAAUAAAAAAACAUUUAACACUGAUAUUGUACACAAAUAUUAUACACCACCUCAGUUUUUAUAUCAAUAGAAAAACUAUUUCAGCUGAUAAAAUGAAAAAUUGAACCAUUUUACUAUAAAAGACAACUUUACUGAGCUAUGUUUCCCAACACACAGGACUUGGACCUUUAUUCGGUUGGUUAAAGACGCCCGUCUUCUCAUUUCUGUAAAUAAUGAAGGCAUCGACUUUGUAUAAAGUUGGACUUUAAAUGUAAAUAUAAGGGUGUGAAGUUUUGCUCACUCAUCUUAUUCUAUUAGGAAAGGCACAAAAAAAGAACGCUUGUUUGUAUUUAUGCCGAUCAUAUAUGUGUCCUAAAGAAACACAUUGGGUAUUGAAUGUAACACAUAUAAUGAAAUAAAGAUUUUAAGUAACUUCUUAUCAUAA